AUGGACAGUUUGGAGCCGUACCAAGAAAUUAUCAAAGAAGUUAUGAGCAUAGGACGUGCUGUGCAACCAAUGCCAAAAAAGUGGCUAUUUAAAAGUGGAUGGACAAGAUACGCACCCGGAAAGAAACCUGAAGCUGUUCCUUAUCCCUCAGAAAAGGGGCUAAUCUAUGAUGUCGAGGUCUUAUACAAAAUUAGUAAAUACCCCGUUAUUGCAACCGCAUAUUCCAACCGAGCAUGGUAUGGAUGGGUCUCUCCUUAUUUGACCGGCGAAAGUGAUACCCUUGAUGGCCAUUUGAUACCAAUGAACGUCCAGAACGAGGAAAAAAUCAUUAUUGGACAUAAUGUUUCGUACGACAGAGCGCGCAUACUGGAGGAAUACGAUAUCACGCAAUCUAAAGCUUUUUAUUUGGAUACUAUGUCUUUGCAUGUUGCAGUAAGUGGAAUGUGUUCUCGUCAAAAAGGAAAGUGGAUGAAGUAUCACAAGAUGAAGGACGAGGAAAAACAGAAAGAGGGAAGCUUGGUCAAGUUCAGAGAGGAGGUGGAAUCGGAAUCUCUUAAAGAGCUUAUAGACAACCCAAAUUUGGAUGCCGACGAAACCCUGAGCUCAUUUCUCGAAGACGACCCAUGGUUGCGAACCAGCAGUUUAAACGGGUUGCAGUAUGUUGCUCAUCAUCACUGUGGCAUCAACAUUACUAAAGAAACAAGGGAUCAAUUCUCGACCACUAAUCCUCAGGAAAUCAUUGAAAAUUUCCAAAAGCUAAUGGAAUAUUGUGCCACUGAUGUGGUAACCACAUACAGAGUCUUCCAUAAAGUGUAUCCAGAAUUUAGAGAGCUGGUACCUCAUCCUGUUAGCUUAGCAGCAUUGAGGCACAUUUCGCAAUCAUUCCUCCCGACUAACGAAGCUUGGGAGAAGUACAUCACUCGAACAGAGCAGAUGUAUCAGGAUAGUGUGGAAAAGAUUGAAAACAACUUAAAGAAGAUGUGCGAGCAGGUCGUGUCUUUGAAAGAUGAUCCAUCACAGCCAUGGCUAAAUGAUCCAUGGCUGUCACAACUAGAUUGGACCAUUAUUCCACCUAAGUUGACGAAAAAGGGAACUCCUUACCGAAGGCAGAAGAUGCCUGGCUAUCCCGAAUGGUACAAAAAAUUGUUUUCCAAAGAUAACAUGACUUUAACCCCCAAAUCUAGAGUGACACCGUUAUUGUUGAAAUUGUCCUGGGAGGGAAAACCAGUUUACUGGCUUGAUAGCAAAGGGUGGUGCUUUCUAGUUGAUAAAGGCGAGGAGGAAAAGUACAAGAAGAAGAACUACACAUAUCUAGAACCAGCCAGGAUAGUGGAGGAGGGGUUGGCCUCAAAUCCAGACUUCCCGGAGCUGUUGCAAACGAAGUCUUUUUUCAAAGUUCCUCACGAGGAAGGACCUGAAUCUCGGACGACGACACUAAUGUCCAAACCGUUUUUGCGCUAUUUUGAGCAAGGCAUUUUGUCAUCGGAGUACGAUCUUGCCAAAGAUGCACUAAACUUGGCCGUUAGAAACAGUUAUUGGAUUAGUUCCCGGGAACGGAUCAUGAAUCAGUUUGUUGUUUACAAAAAGGAUGCAAUUGACUCCAAGAUCGGCAUGAUCAUUCCACAAAUUAUCCCAAUGGGAACAAUUACUAGACGUGCUGUUGAAAACACAUGGCUCACAGCUUCCAAUGCUAAGAAAUCGAGGCUCGGAUCUGAGCUGAAGGCUAUGAUUCAAUCACCUCCAGGCUACUGUUUUGUGGGAGCAGAUGUUGACAGUGAAGAAUUGUGGGUGGCUUCUUUGGUUGGAGACUCCGUUUUCAAAAUACACGGAGGAACUGCGAUUGGAUGGAUGACUCUGGAAGGUACUAAAAGUGAAGGUACGGAUCUUCACUCGAAAACAGCAAAGAUUCUAGGAAUCUCUAGAAACGACGCAAAGGUUUUCAAUUACGGUCGUAUCUACGGUGCAGGAGUGAAAUUUGCUACUUCUCUGCUGAAAAAGUUCAACCCAGCACUUACGGAAGCGGACGCCAGGAAGACAGCAUCUGAACUCUAUGCUGCCACCAAGGGCCAAAGUCAGACGGUCAACAAAAGGAAAAUGUGGUUUGGUGGAUCAGAAUCCAUUGUUUUCAAUAGACUGGAAACCAUAGCAGAACAAGAGCAUCCAAAGACUCCGGUUCUGGGGGCUGGUAUCACUUCGGCAUUGCAGAAAAAGAAUCUUCAUUCCAAUACGUUUCUUCCAUCCCGAAUCAACUGGGCGAUCCAAUCUUCAGGAGUUGAUUACUUGCACCUACUAGUGGUAUCCAUGGAGUACCUUCUGAAAAGAUACAAAGUGGACGCAAGGCUGUGCAUCACUGUGCACGACGAGAUUCGCUACAUAGUGAAAAAGGAGCAGAAGUACAAAUGUGCAAUGAUCCUUCAGAUAGCGAACUUGUGGACACGUGCGAUGUUCUGUCAUCAGUUAGGUAUUGAUGAGGUUCCUCAGAGUUGCGCCUUUUUCUCAGCCGUGGACAUUGAUCAUGUUUUGAGAAAAGAGGUCGAUUUGGAUUGCUGUACGCCUUCAAACCCAACUGCAAUUCCACCAGGAGAAGCGUUGACGAUUGUGGAUCUUUUGGAGAAGCCCGAAAUCCAAGAGUUUUUAACAUCCAUUGAAGAGGUGGACCUGAGCCAGUACCCUGUUCCCAAAACUGUGAAACCGAGUGACCUGCUUGACCAGGACCUGAAAGGUCCCAACAAAUCUCUUAUGAUCAAACUUCAGAUAGCCACGAGUCUUGACGAGUUUAAGAAGCUCAGAAGGCUGUUCACUAGCAAUCUGAGACGCAACAACACGAAGUUUAUGGAAGAUUACCAACGAGAUUUUGAAAACUUUGUGAUAUCAAGUGCAACUCUGGGUGAUAUGGGUGAUUCCAUUACAGAGAAAGCUAUCAAUGAUAUAGACCUUGAUUUUGAUGUCUCGUGGAAAGAGAGAUCAUCGAAAUCAUCAAGAUCCAAGAAUACUAGCGCCACGAAGACAAGAAGGAAGCGAAAGGAGUCACGGAAAAUUACUGAUCCUGGACUAUCGAGUGAAAUGCUUGACAGCGACUUCAACUUUCAUUUGGAGAAUAUUGCUUCCUAUAAAUCGAAGCACCACACUAUUCAAGCGUGA